AUGCUAAUUUUAUAUUUUUACUUGAUAAUUUUGUUAAUAAUAAAAAGUAAUAUACAUUCAGAAUUGUAUACAUAUAAUAUAAAAUUAAGACAUUUGAAUGAAAAUAGUUUGGAACAUGAAAAAAAUGUAGAAAAUUUUUUUAGUCGAAUAGUAAAUAAAAUUCAUAAAGGUAAAAAAACGAAAUGUAAUAUUAUAAAGUAUAUAAAAGAAAUAGUUCAUAAGAAUAAAUUAUACAAGAAAAUAAAUUUUUGCAAAGAUUUUUCAAGUGAUGAAAAAGAUGAUGAAAUAACUAAGGUUAGGAAAGAAAAAAAAUAUAUUAAAGGAAUAAAAAAUUGUUCCUAUUUACCAGAUUAUAUUUCAGAUAACUUUGAAAAAGGAAUAUCUUAUAAAAAUAAAUUGGAAGAAGAAUAUAUGUCAGUCGAAAAUGUUUUUAAUUGGGAGUUGGGUAAAGAGUCCUUAAAAAAAAGAUUAGGUUGUAUAAAUAAUUUUCAAAUAAAUGGUGUUUAUUAUAAGAAUUGGAUAUUGAAAAAUAUAACUUUUGGAAAUAGUAGUAAUCCAUACCAUUCAUCAAAAAAUGUAUAUAAAGGCAUUAUCCCUAUAAAUAAUAAUUACAAUGUGGAUGAAGUUAAAGUAUUUAUUAAAAAAAUUCCUAUAGAUAAAUGGUUAACUCAGUAUGAAAAAAUGGAAUUAUAUAAUGGCGAAUAUGUAUUGAAUGGAGAAAAUUAUGUAAUGGAAGCAGUCGUAUCAGCUUUUUUAAGUGAUUAUCACCCUGGUAUAUCACCAUAUUUUUAUAAAUUAUUAUAUGAACCGGUUGAUUCUAAUGAAAGUGAAAAUGAAAAUAGAUCAGAUGAAAAUAUUAUUCCAAAUUUAAAUGUAUUCAAUGAUAUAUUAAAAGAACAAAACAAACUUAAACGUAUGAGUAAUAUUGUGAUGGUAUUUGAAUUUUUUGGUGAAGAUUUAGAUUGUUAUAUAAAAAAGAUGUGUAUUAAAGGUUAUUCCACCUUAGGUAGAAAAGGAAAAAAAAAAAUUAUGCUUUCCUCUUUAAAAUUAAUUAAUAGAUUACACAAAAUUGGAUUAUGUCACCUGGAUAUUUCACUUGAAAAUAUAUUAAUGAAAGAUAAUUAUGAAAUGCGUAUAUGUGAUUUUGCUAAAUGUACACCUAGGUACACCUAUAAUUUGAGACAUUUAAGAAAUCCUAAUGGUUUAUGUCUUUUUGAAUCUUGUAUACCUACGAUUGGAAAAAUUGAAUAUAUCCCACCUGAAUGUUUGGAAAUUGAAAAGAUAUACAAAGAACAUAAGGUGAAGGAACCCUUUUCAUAUUUAAAAACAAUUAUAGACCAAGAAGAAAGAAAAAAAUAUUAUUUCGAUGUUACAUCUGCCGAUAAUUAUAUGUUAGGGAUAUUGUUUAUACUUAUAUGGGUUUAUCACUUUUUUUGGGAUAAAGCGGAUGCUUCAGUGGAUAAAGAAUAUGCAGAAUUUGCAAGGGUAAAUAUGGAUUUCCAUGAAGUUGAGAAAACAUAUUAUUGGCCAGAUGGUAUAAAAUUUAUUAUUCAGCAAUUAUUAUAUUUUGAAUAUAGAAAGGAUCUCGAUUUAAAUGAUUUAAUUAAUCAUCCAUGGUUUACUACGGAAGAAUACUGGUUUCCUAAGUUAUUCUCUUUUAGUCUAACAUAUUUUAAAUAA